CUUGCUGCUUACAGUCAAAUGUUAAUUUCUUCAGUUGUUUAAGAAACUGAAUUAGGGGAAUUUAAAAACACGCGCAGAGGGAAAAGACGGAAAGAGAAGCACUGGUGUGAAUAAAAUUCUAGAAUAAAAAACAAUUAUUAAUUGACAUGGGAAUUACAUUGUAAAUAUAAAUACCAUCAUUACCCAUAACGUCAACUGCAAAAAUUACAUUUUGAUGCGGAAGUCAAAUUGAGAUUUAGCAGACAUCCUCGAUUCAGUAAUAAAUAUUCCUGCUGUCGGCUAUCCAUCAAUCUGUUCCAGGUUUGAUCAAAGCCCAUCUCAGAUGAAAAUAAUGAUUAUAGUAAUUUUUCGGGCACUAGAUUUUGAUUUCAAAGUAGAAUAUUGAAUUACAUGAUUUCGACUUCAGAUUAUGUGGAUUUUCUUGAUCGGCCACUCUGUUUUCCAGUACAGCAAUAAGCUGUUAUGUCAUGAGAACUACCCAUUGUGUGGUCUAAGUGGGUAUGGGAAUUAGCUACUGAGAAUUCAAUAGUUAAUGCCAUCUUUCUUAAGUAGAAGUAGACCCUAGGGAAGAAACCAUGAUGCCAUGCCUGAUCAAGAGAUGUUGUACCUCAUUUGAUUUUGAAACUAUUUCUAGCCUCAUGGGGACACAAGGAUGAGCAUAUAUCUAUGGACAAUUAAUUUUGUCAUGUUGCUUUAUUUUGGGGAGAUCACAUUCCUUUUAAAAUUUAGCUAAGGUAUGUUGCUCUUUUCAGGUAUGGACCUGCUAGGACUAAUCUAGGGCUUCCCAUCAAUACAGCUGGGUUCGCCACCAUUGAGAUAUUGGUCCUUAACAUGUAUGGGGUUUGACAGUGUGUAGUUUGAACCUUCAAUUGUUGAAUUAUUGGUAAUCAAACUCUGGUGGCAACAAACAUAUUUUGUGAAAAGAUGGAUGCUUUCCAAUUAGUAGCUGCAGCUGCUGGAUUAGUGUCAAACAUUAUAGGAGCUGUGAGAGCAUUGGAGCAGGCUUCUCGUGACCUUGAAGAUGCACCCAAGAAAGUGCAAGCUCUAGAAGAGCUUAUAACUAAUCUAGAAGGUUUGAUCCGAGAUGCAAAAAGAAAAUAUUAUCAUAAACUUCAUAAUCCUCAACUGGAGUCCCAAAUACAGAGCUUCAGUACAUUACUUGAACGUGUGCAGCCCAAAGUAAAAUUGGCAAAGAAAGUUUCUUCCAGGAAAGGAAUUAGGCAUUUAGCUAACAUCGUAUUGAGUUCUGUGGUAGGAGAUUCUCUUGCAAAAGUUGCACGCUCCAUCAGAGAUGACUUGAAUUGGUGGCUCGAGUCUCAAGAAUUGACUAUUCAUGUUCAAAAGGUUAUCGAUUCAGCAGCAAGUGGUCUGCCUGCUAUGUUAAGAGUCAGAUCAGAAUCAGGUUAUCCAGUGUCAAAGAAAUGCGAGCUGGUAAGAACGCUGUUAGACAAAGAUGAUUCACCGCCUGUUGUUCUGAUUGUAGGGUUGUCUGGAAUAGGCAAAACAUGUCUGGCUCGACAAGUAGCUUCCGAACCACCGGAGAGAUUCCUUCAUGGUGCAGUAGAGCUCACUUUCGGACAGUGGUGCAGCAGAUUGGCAUGCGGUGGAAACAAGGUAGAAUAUCACAAACGUUUGGCAAAGAAAAUAUUUAGAUUUUUGGUGCAGAUUGGCUGCAGUAGGAAUACAUGGGAUGAAACAAAGGGUGAUCUGGAAGAUAUUUGCUAUCAGCUACAAGAUGCCUUAAUUGGUAAGAGCAUUUUGAUAUUGCUCGAUGAUGUGUGGGAGCCUGAUAUUAUUGAUCGUUUUGCGAAGUUGUAUGACAAUGACUGCAAAUAUUUGGCAACCACACGGAAUGAAGCUGUCCAUGAAAUAACAGAAGCUUUGAAAGUAGAAAUAUGUAAAGAUGAUACUGUUGAAGUGAGCAAGGCAAUUCUUCUCUAUCACAGUCAGAUGUCAGAUACAGAGCUUCCGGACGUGGCUGAAAGCUUGCUUAAUCGAUGUGGUCAUCAUCCUCUCACAGUUGCUGUAAUUGGAAAAGCACUAAGGAAGGAAAAUCGAUCAGAGAAAUGGGAAAAGGCUGUAAGCAACCUUCAAACAUUUGCUACGUAUGCUCCUGUUCCAGUCCCAUAUUUGAAUGAAAAAGAGGCUGAAAAUGCUGCUACUAUAUAUGGUUCUUUUGAAUUUAGUCUGGAAGCAAUGGCUUCUCAUUCUAGAGAUCUUUUUAUUGCAUUUGCAGCACUUUCAUGGGCUGAACCUGUCCCUGAGAUAUGCCUUGAAGCUGUAUGGUCUGCUCUAGGGCAGGAUAGUAAUUUUCUUCUUGUGGCAAACAAACUUAUAGAAGGUUCUUUGCUGACAAAAGGUUCAUUGUUAACAAGAGCAGAGACACAUGAGAUGUAUCAUUUACAUGAUAUGGUUUCCCUUUACCUUGACAACAAGGUGCAUGAUGCACUUAAGAUGCUUCUGAUUGAUGCAAGACCUGAAGCUUCUGCAGCUGUUGCUCCAUGGCUUUUUGUCUUUGGAAAAGAAAAAGUAAAGAAAGUUGCAGAACAGAAGCUGAAGGGAUAUCUAAGAUCAGUGCAUGAGAAACAAGUGGUUGUAACUUUGGAGGCAAUCUAUCAAGCUCUUCUAGCUAGCAAGUCAGUUACAGAAUUAGAAACAAGCAGCGCAAAUUUUAGGAGUCUUGUAGGUCCAGGUAUAGUAGAGUUAAUUUCAAUAGGAUCUCAAGAUCUUCAAGCUGCUGUUGCAAGGUCCAUGGCCAAUUUCUUUAGUGAAGAUGAUUAUAUGCAAUACAUGGAAAGUAUUGAAAAUAUGGAUGUUAUUGAGAAGCUGACAGAACUUCUAGAAACCUGCAACAAUCCAGUGGUCCAGACAGAAGUUGCUACAGUGUUGGCAAGAGUAGCUGAAUUUGGAAGGGAAGAUAUGGCAAAUGAAAUACUGAAUAAAAUUCCCAUGACAAUUUUGGUGGAUUUGCUAGACCCAGAUUUUGAAGAAUUGCAUGAUAAUGUCCUGAGAAUAUUCAUGAGCCUAGCAAAGGCUGGAAAAGAAAAGGCAGUACAGAAAAUUUUCAUGGCUGGCAUGGAGAGAAAGUUGAUAGGGCUACUGGAGAAUGGCUCUGAGGUUGCUCAACAUCGCACUGUUGUCACAUUGAAAUCUUUUUAUGAAUUGGGAGGUUCUGAUUUAGUUCAUGGAUUUCUAAGUUCAGGAAUCAUGGAGAAUUUGCCAUGGCAUGCACGGCUUAGCUUAGAGAAACUCACAAUUUCAGAAAGGUUAGUACCUUCCUUGCAAGAGAAAGAGGCAGUGGAAGAGCUUGUUAGCAACAUUUUAAACAGAGAAACCAAAAUUGCAAUUAAAGCAAUGCAGGAUCUUGUUCCUAUUGUUGAAAAGGCAGAUUCGCCCAAGAUUAGAGAUAUGAUUUUGCAAACUGUGCUUAUAGAAAACUUAGCAGAACAGCUACAGCACAGGUUACCUGAAAAGAAUAGAUUAAAAUCUGAGGCAAUUUUUUUGCUUAUGAAAUUGGGUUGUUCAGGAGGUGAAUCAUGUAUCAGGAAAAUUCUGAAGUUCAAUAUUGUUGAGGACUUGUUUUUGGUAAUGUCUUGCAAAUUCCCAGAACUGCAAGAUGCAGCUUACAUGGCAGUUCAUCAGCUUCUUCUAGGAGCAGGGAGGAACUUGAUUGUAGAUAGAAUCUUGAAAACAAGACAAAUUGAAAAACUAGUACAAUUACUUGAGAGUAAAUCAUUGAAAACAAAUGAGAUUAGUAUGCACUGUCUUGAGGAUCUAGUAGAAUUAGGAGGAAAAGCAUGCAUAGAACGCAUGCUGGCAUUGAAAGUUGUUGAGAAGCUAGCAAUACUUGAAAAAGAUAACAUUCAGUUAAAGGGUUCAGUUAUGAAUUUUGUAAAGGGAAUAGAUAAAUGUGAGUACUUAUCAGUAGCAGAGAGGCAGGUGUCAAAGCAGCAAAUACUCAGAAAAGUUAAAACAGUAUUGAAGGAUACUGAUCUUGUAACACAUAUGAUAGGUGGACUAGAAAACACUUAUGGUGGCGAUGGGUCUAGUUGGAAGAAUAGAAGGAAAAACUAAUCAGUUACGGAAAGAAAGGAUGUAGUACCUCUUGCCCUAAUCAGAUUUUUAAAACCGGUUUGACCUUGGUUGACUUUUUAAGUAGCUUUCUUGGAUGGUUGAUUUACCAUGUUGUAAUGUUAUAGUCAGGUAUUAUGCUUAUUGUGUGUACCUGUAAAUGUUGUUUUCGCAUCGAUCCUUAUGUAAGAUUAAUUGUUCUUC